AUGGCCUCGAAAUUGGCCGUAUACAACACUGGCUAUGAAGAUGAACGAUUUCAACAGAUUGUCAGUCAGAGUUUUCACUGUAUUAUUUGUACCAAUGUCAUCAGAGAUCCGGUUAUGUGUCGGCAAAAUGAACACAUCUUUUGUAGAGCUUGUAUCACCAGACAUCUCAUGAACUUUCAAACAUGCCCGACAUGCAUGGAACCACUCACUGUCGAGACGCUAAGCCAAGCACCUCGGGGUAUAAGAAACUUGCUGGCCGAAUUGAAAAUUCGAUGUGAAUUCUUUGAUCGUGGUUGUGGAAAGUUUAUUGAGCUGGGAGAUCUUGAAAGGCAUGUCACAGAAUGCGGUUUCGCCCCAGCAGUCUGCUCCAACAAAGGAUGCCAACUUGAGGUGAAUAAACAAGAUUUAGUUCAUCAUGAAACUGCUGUAUGUGAACUACGCAGAGUUGAAUGUCAUAACUGCAACGACAUUCGACAAGAGAUGGAUACAGUGAAAGUUAAUUUGGCAGCAAUGAAUGAAAAGUUGGACAGAAAUGAGAAAAACGUCUUGGAGAAAAUUGAGAAAAAUUUCGAGCGAGUUGAAGAAAACCUGAAAAGAAAUGAGGAAAACGUGAAAGUUGAUGUUAAGAAUGUGAUCGCAAAAGUUGAACUGGUUCAAGAACAACUUAACAAGCAGGAAGAAAGCAAUCGUCAGCUAAAAGCAGACAAUGCGGAAAUGAAGAAAAGUUUAAAUGAAAUUACGAAACAACUGGAAAGAAUGACGCAACAAACAUUGCAUAACGUUCAGGCUAAACCUGUCAAACCUGGGAAGAAAGGAAUUGCAGAAGCUGAUCGAAUGGACAGAGAGCCGAAG